AUGCGAGGAUCGACGACUAGAAAUGCAGAUGACAGAUUUGACUGUUGGGCAGAAACUUUUGACUGUGCCCUGAAUUCCUUGGUAGCUGGGAUGUGGGCGGAUCAUGGGGAUCACGGAAACUGGAAAGAUGGAAUUACGCGACACCAAGUAAUUACCCGAGCCUACACUGAAGGCAAGGAAGGGUAUCAAACCUUAUAUUGCGCCCAGUACACCACGAUUACACAAACCAGCUCCUUCAAUCGAAGGGGAGAACGGCUCCAGGAGGAGGCAGAGGCAGACUGCUGGGAUGUUUUGUAUUUGAAAUUUGCCCCUCAGAGUUUCCCAAGACCCACCCCGAGCUACAACAAUUCUGAAUACCUUCUCUGCCUUGCUUUUUCUGGCCUUGUUGGUUUGCAUUUGGCAUAUAGAAAGAGACUCUUGCUGUUUCGCGGACAAACCCGGAAAGAUCCGCCAUACAUUCGCUUCAAAAGUAUGCGCCAGUUUCAAAAUCAUCCAUCCUCAUUCUCCCAAACGCUAUUUCAAGGCCCGGGUAACAUUAAGAAUGGCCGAAUGCCUUGA